AUGAGUUCUAAGGAGAAUGAACUGGCUCAGGAGAAAUCGGAGGAAAUCUUCAAAGAUUGGGAGAAGUUAUUCAUGUCACUUAUACAGCAUAAGGCUGUAAAUGCACUAGAUGAUGAAAAUGCACAAAAAGAGAGUCAAUCGGAUAAUCAGAUUGAAACGAGUGGCAACUCCAGGAAUGAGGUAACUAACGGCGAGCCUGAAGGUCGGUGGGUGUUUGCGCUACGUCACGGUGAGCGAGUGGACCUGACCUAUGGUUCGUGGAUCCCGUUCUGCUUCACCGACAAUAACACUUAUGUCAGGAAGGAUCUCAACUUGCCAGUGGAGCUGGCUCCGAGAGAGGGUGGCGCGGUAGCGUAUUCCUUGGACACUCCAUUGACGCGUGUGGGAGCCCUGCAGGCCUACCUAGUGGGGGAGGCUAUGAGGCUAGCGGGCAUCAAACUCGGCAGUGUGUACGCUUCCUGCGCCCUCAGAUCCGUGGAAACCGCUCAUCAUCUGCUAAGAGGCCUUCAAGCUGAUCCAUCAAUCAAGGUUAAGGUGGAGCCUGGUCUCUUUGAAUAUAAAGACUGGAGUUUGAGCAGAGGAUUGGCUUUCAUGACGCCACUGGAACUGCACAAGGCCGGAUUGAAUGUUGAUCUGAGCUACAAGCCGUACAUAGAUCUGAAUAUAAAAACCUCGGAGACAAUGGAGGAGCUCUACAAGAGACAUGAAUAUGUAAUGCAGUCAGCCGUUAAGGAUCCCAAUUAUGAGGGUCAGAACCUAAUGUUUGUGGGUCACGCCAUUACUUUGGAGAUGACAGUGACCGCUUUGAAGUAUCUCAAUAAGGGUAACGCCAGCGAUCUACCUCCAUACAAAUUCGGUGAUAACUUGAUGCGUGUGCCGUACUGUGCUCUGGGUUCUCUAAGGGAACGCGAGGGCGUUUGGACUGUGGUCAAACCUCCUAUACCACCCAGCAUCAAUACUAACUCCGCCCGUUACAACUGGAAAGAUCUUCUAGAAGUUGAGAAGAAGUAUGAGUAA